UGCCAUUCCAUUGUGUGGUCUCACAAAAUCUGAGAACGAAAUAGAAUCUUGGUUUGUUUGACAGCAUCAUCGUUCGAACGCACGGGACGGAGAACAAUUUAUUAAGGGGUUGUUGUAAAACUGAUAUUCAUGUCUAGAAAGUGUCUAUUCAAGUUUGGGAAGUAAACGAGUAAUAGUGAAGGAAUUGUCAGUGGACAAUCACAUUUCGCUCAAGUGUUCAACUGAUUGUUGAUGUGGAAACGGUCAGUUUGAAUUCAAGAAAGAAACAUCCACCUAGCACGAGUGGGAAGUUACUCAUAGGAGUGCCUUGAGUGCUUUCCAUACUGGUGCAUCAGCCUUUCAAGUGGCUCUUGUUGAAGACGACUGAGGUAAAAACCCAAUUGGCCUGGCUAACAACACAACCGGGGACAAGAUGCCUCUGUUUUUCCGAAAGAAGAAACCCAGUGAUGAUUCCAAGAAGAGACUUGAAUAUCAGCUGUGUCGGGCAAAGGAAGCAGGUGCUGAGGACAUCCUGGACAUCUCGUCUUGUGAGCUUUCUGAGGUUCCUUCAAGUGCCUUUUCGAUUUGCAAAAUUCUCCAGAAGAAGGUACUGAUACUGCACAGCAAUGAUCUCAAAUCGCUGCUUCCCAAAGGAAGUGACAUUCUCUCCCUUGGCAGUCUAAAGGUUUUGGAUUUGCAUGAUAAUAAGCUUCAUUCACUUCCAGAAAACAUCGGGAAGCUGACAUCUCUGCAGAUUUUGAAUGUGGAGAAGAAUCGUUUAAAGGUCCUUCCGGAAUCCAUUGGGAAUCUUGGGCUACUGCAGACACUCAAUUUGAAAGGCAACUGUCUUGGUGAACUACCAUCGACAAUUAGCUCUCUGUCCAGUUUACGUACCCUGGAUGUGAGUGACAACCUCAUAGUCCAGAUUCCCAAAAGCUUUGCUUAUAUCCGCACACUGGAGAACUUCAUAGUAGAUGCAGCUUCAAUGACCUAUCCUCCUGCAUCUGUAUGUGUGGAAGGUACAGCGACAAUUCAGCAAUUCCUGUGCAGUGAGCUGGGAGAAGAGUACUGCCCUCCAUCCCAGUAUCUCCUGCCAGUUCUGGAAUGUGACGGUGGCAAACAAAACUCUGACUGUGUGGAUGGUGUGGAUGAGGCCUGGCAGAAUAAAUUCAGUGACUAUGAGAAGAGAAAGUUUCAGAAGCAGCAGGAAAAGUUGGCCUUUGAGCGACACCGAGAGGAGAAACUAAAUGAGCACACCCAGCUUCUACUCAUGAACACCUCUCGUAAAGAAGACAUCCUCAACUCAGUCCGUCAGGAACAGGAACGCCUGGAGCAAGGGGUCACACAGCAGCAGCGGGCCCAGGAGUCUGAAAGGUUGCUGUUGUUAGACAAAGUGAGACACGCUGAAUACGACAUCAGCAGUCGAAUCAGCAACAUGCUGUUGGAUAACAGCAGGCAAAAAAAGAGUGCUGAGUUUCUCCAGGCCAUGGAGGAAGAUCGGAUCCGUAUGGAGCAUCUGACUUCCAUCACACAGGAAGAAGCUAACUCUCUGAGGAAGAGAGAAGUUGCCACGGCCAUGCAAAAGAUGCUGUCAGACAGCUGCGCUGUGAGCCUCCUCCAAGAGGCCAGUGAUUCACGUAGAAAGAGCCUCGUGUCUGAGGCUUACAGAAGUAUGGAGACUCUGGAGAAGAAGUUUGACAAGAUGUUAUCCAUUCAAGUUUUGGACAAAUCUAAAGCCAUUGCCCAGAUUUUACAGGAGGAGGAGAUGCAGAAAGCUGCGUUCCAAGCACUGCAGCUGCAGAAAGAUUCUGUCCAUGGUUACAUCCGGAACCAGAUCAAGCUAAUUGAGGGUGAAUUAAUGCAGCUGACAAAAUUGGAAGUUAAAAGAAAGACUCUGGAUGCAGAGAACCUGCAGGAAGUGCUAGUGGACCAGCGUACAGCUCUAGGUCAUAUGUUGCAGCAACUGCUGAAACAGAAGCACCAGAGAGAGCAAGAACUGCUGCAAGUUCUGGUGGAGCUGGAGUCGAAGUCAGAGUCCACACAGCAAAAUUACUGGAUGAUUCAGUACCAGAGACUGUUGGAUGCCAAGCCCUUGUCCCUGCGCAUGCAGGAAGUUGGUGUGGAAAAAGAGUUAGUAAAUAUACUCUGCAAACUGUCAGCUCAGCAUUACUUGCCCAUCAUUGCUCAUAAUCGUGUCACAAUGGAAGCCCUUCGCCAGAUGAACCCAUCCGACCUCAAGGAGCUUGGCAUUAUUGAAGUCGGCGUCCAGAAAGCAAUUUUGAACUGGGCUCAAGAAUGUAAUCCUGAAGGUGCCUCAAAGGUGAUUGACCAGAGCAAAGAAGAAGUCCCCCCUCCAGAACCGUCCUCUUCCUUUUUUCCCUCAGGUUCAUACACCUCGAGCAUCUUGACCCCAAGCCCACCACUCACCCCCGGUACCCCUGUUACACCAUCAGCCCCAAGUCCAGUGGAGGGACCAGGGAGCUCCGAAUGUGUGGUCUGCAUGGAGACAGGGGCUCAAGUCAUCUUUCUGCCAUGUGGCCAUGUUUGCUGUUGUCAGGUCUGUAGUGACGCCCUGCAGAACUGCCCUCUAUGUCGAGGCACCAUAUCACAACGCAUUCGACUUUACCACAGCUAGAAGUCACUGUGGCUUUAUUACUUUUCUGUAAAAUGUGCAUGAUGACAAUCCUGCUGUAGUUCAGGUAUAGACACGCUUUGAGAUUUUCAAAAUGCUGAGCCACUUUACUGUAUUAACUAAAAUGUUAGGUGUAUUGUACAAAAUAUAUAUGGUAUUUUUA